AUGACCGCCAUCAUUUCCCUUUUCGCUUCAUUGGUUGAUUCCCAGGGUGUCAUUUUGACCCUCACCACGACGGUUUUGCCAAGUGUACCGCCCGAGUUAACGCCUUCAACGCGACAUGCCAGCUCUAAUAGUGACAGUCGACAGCUCAUGAAAUGGGCCAACGAGCAUUUCACUCAACAAAGUUUGCUUCCAAAUAUAUGCUCAACCACGACAUCUCCUGCUUCGGUUCAUUUACCUGCAGUGACAGGCAGCCAAAUAUUCAAGAUCAGCAGUGUGUACACUGGUACGACUCAAGUCAAGAAGACUUGGUGUGUAAUCUGCUCAUUCAAAGCCCAGCCAAGGCUCUCGUCAUCAAUGUAUCGGCUGCAAGCUAAUGCGCCGCCCCAUCUUUACGAAUCCGGUUCCGUUCUGACUAUGACGACGUUAUUGGAUUGGAGACACUUUGCCCCUGAGUUGUUGUGUUCCUCAGACACCUCGUUGGGUACCCAGUUGUCGGGUACAUUCCCUAGCACUGAACACAUGGGUUCCCGUAUCAACAAUCAUCGAUGCAAGCACGGCAACGAACUCGCCAUACCGCGGUGCAUAACACCCCAAGUCACUGAGGUUGUGCGGCAGCUCACCGGCGCCUAUCCUAAUGCCUUGAUGGUGUACCCACGUACUAGGUACAUUGCCGACGUUUACAGCAUCAUUUCGCAGGCCAAUGCUUCUUUCUCCCUGGCUAAGACAAUCCCAUUCAGAAGCACGGCGACGACUCGGAUGUGCUCUAUGGAAACGACACGUAGAGUUAGUUUCCGUGCUUUGGUGCUCGAGAGCUUGAUCAAAACUAGCAUUCUCGGUUCCAUCGUGGAUUUGGCUGCACACGAGGAUCGAGCAUUGGCUCCCGAUGCCAAGUCUGACGUGUUUCUGUUCCAGACUUACCUUGAAAUCGACUCAUGUAUGCGAUACGGACAAGUCGUCGCAACCAAUGUCGACGUCGAUCCGUCACUUCCUGGGCUAGACUCGUACCUUGAAGUGUACGCGACAACCUGGUAUAUGUAUAUCCUAUCGAGGACGGUGCUCGGGAGGUAUCGAGUGUUGGUGGAAGGAGGACUGAGGAUGGAGUGCAUUCUACAUUCUGAGAUGAUGACGAUGGAAGGGCGGCAGGACAACAGGAUGGCAGCAUACCCGAGGGAGUGGGUGCAGGGAGAUGGGUGUGACGUGCGCACGGGGAUGGCUGGAGGGAGCAGUGUAGGAGGGAAUGAUGGAGGUCUACUCCACCUUUCUGGGGUUGUGGGGUUCCAAUUUCAAAUCACAUCAAUCCCAGAUCUGGAUGCUGCACAAGCUCUGGAGAAGAGCGUUCACAUGGGUGGCUCAAGCAACUCGGUUAACCUUCGAACAAACUCACCCGAGGUUUCGCACUUAGAGGACUCCGCGCUGUCUGUUGCUGCAAAGCACUGGUUCAAGUCGCUUUCAGAUGCAAUAGAAGCAAAGGACUCAACAACCAUCACAGCUCAUUUUUUAGCUGACGGAUAUUGGCGUGAUCUUUUGUCUUUGUCAUGGGAUAAUCGUACCUUGCAUACUAUCCCGGUCAUUAAGAAUUUCCUCGAUGACAACGACCGUCUAAAAUCCUCAGGACUCCGCAAUUUCAAGCUUGAAGGCGAGCCAGUUCUACUCAGAGCCAACCGAGAUUUUACCUGGGUACAAUGCUUCUUCACGUUUGAGACGAGCAUCGCCCGAGGUCGAGGCUUCUUCAGGCUAAUGCGUGGCGCCGAUGAUGGUGCAUGGAAAGCAAAGACAUUUUACACUGGAAUAGAGGAGUUUAAAGGAUAUGAAGAACACAGGGGCAGUACGCGCCCUGUCGGUGUCAACCAUGGAGCUAACACAGAUCGCAAGUCUUGGAAAGACUCACGCACAGAGAAGCGCGAAUUUAUCGAUGCAGAACCAACGGUGCUCAUCAUAGGUGCUGGACAGUCUGGUUUGGUGGUAGGCACAAGGCUAGGCCAGCUCAAUGUCAACACGUUACUUAUUGACAAGAACGAUCGAGUUGGGGACAACUGGAGGAAACGUUACAAUUUCCUCGUCCUUCACGAUCCAGUCUGGUAUGAUCACCUUCCCUAUGUCACGUUCCCCCCACACUGGCCGGUAUUCACGCCAAAGGACAAGCUAGGCGACUGGUUCGAGGCCUAUGCAGUGACAAUGGAGCUCAACAUCUGGAUGCAAAGCACCAUCACCUCCGCCACGUACGACGAACCCUCACAUCUCUGGACCGUCACCAUCGCACGUGUAGGCCAUCCCAACCGCAUCAUCAAACCAAAGUUCAUCGUCCUCGCCACCGGACACAGUGGAGAGCCCAACAUCCCGGUCUUCAAAGAUCAGGAUAUCUUCAAGGGCCACCUCUGCCAUUCGAGUCAGCACACCACAGGAGGCUCCUUCAAGGGCAAAAAGGCUGUUGUCGUUGGCUGCUGCAAUAGUGGUCAUGAGUGA